CUCCAAUGUAUCGUCACGGUAGGGGAAUCCCGCAACAUACAGAGGCUGCCUUAGGAGUCUGGAGAGCUGCGUGACAGCGUAAGUGGUUCUAGGGAGUGCUGCGGAACAGGAAGGUGAUUGGUACAGCGUUAAAUACGUGCACGCUUAUUGUUUUUUCAGUUGGAGUUGUUGAGAUGGAUUAGUUACUGAGAUAUUGGAACUGUCCGCAGGAAUUGUGGGAUUUGAAACCCAGUCCAGACACGCAGAAGAUAAGUUACAAGUACUAUGGAUAUACAAAAUAUACAUAUUCAGGAAGCUUGUGGGAAACCUGAUGUAAAAGACACAUACCUGGAAGACAACACCAUGUUUUUGAAUUGUGAAAACUGCUCACAAAGCUGUUUACUGUCAGGAGUGGACAUAGUUGCACAGCAGCUGAGAGAAGCACAAGGCUAUAAUGAAGCAAACAUACAAUCUAGUCUGGAUCAGUGUGUAACAUUAUUGAAGGGAAAAGAAGCUGAGAUGUCUGCAGAUCCACCAACAAAGAAGUUAAAAACAGAACACAAAUUAGAGAUUGAAGAAAGUGUUGCGAACAACAUAGAAGAUUUUCAUGUUUGUACUCAGUCAGAUAAGGAGUCAGAAAGUAAUAUAAAUGAGCAAGAGUCUCAACAGUCAGUUACUGGCUUUCCUCUUAAUAUAACUGCAGAUUUAUUUCAUGAAGACAACAGUAAUGAUGAUCAAAAUACUUUAAGCAAGAAAACAAUAACAAGUGAAGUGUUUCAUAACAAAAUUGAUUGCUCUUCUACAGUUGGGAAAAGACAGAUAAAUGAAGCUGAAGAGGAAGCAGCAUAUAAGGGACUAACAAAGAGCAAAAUGUCCAUAGUGGACAAUCAAGAAGAGACACUGUUUCCCAAGUCACUGGAAAAAUUCCAUGGUCAAGAAAUGCAAGGUGUGAAGCCAGUCUCCGUAGGCCAGGAAGUACUAAUAAGUGUAACCAAGAGGCCAGUCAAUGAUAAUUCAGGCACGGAAUAUCCUCAAAAGGAAAUAAUAAUGUUGGAGGAUCAAAAUCAAAAGCCCCAGAAAAAGGAAACAACCACACUGAAUGAAGCACCUUAUGGGAAAAAUAAUUGCUCAUGUACAGCAAAAGAAAUCAAUAAAUCAGAAAUUGAAGAUGGUUCAGAAAGAAAUGAAACAGCUUGUGAUGAAUCAGGCUCAGGAAGUUCUGUGAAAGAAAUUGCUGUUCUGGUCACUGAGGAUAAAAAUCAGAAUGUGGAAAAUAGGGGAAUUACAAAGCCAGUGUGUGAGGAAUUCAUCUCAAAUGACACAUUCACAACGAACCAACCGAGUCCAGAAGAAGAAGGAAACAAUGAGACGCCAUCGGACAUAAUACUAACACCUAAUGAAGUACAUGAUGAAGAAACUCACUGCAUGCUUCCAGCUGAGACAUCAUCAGAUGCGAUAGUAGCACAUAAUGAAGCACAUAGUGCAGAAAACCACGGCUUACUUUUGGUUGAAAAAGGAAAUGAGGAAGUGGCAGACAGUGCAAAAAAUAAAUCAGAAAAGAGUCUUCAUAUGAUCGUCUUUGAACAAGAAAUAUCCUGGACAGCCUUAUUACAGGAUGAAGUAUUCAAAUUAGUUGAUAUUUCUUGUAUUAGUGCUAAAUACAGUAUGAUAAAAACAUUGUUUCAGGGUACUACACAAAAGCAUUUUAAUAUCACCAAAAUAGUUGAAGUGCAAAAUCCUUUUUUGUAUAGUUAUUAUCUUUUGAAAAAAGCAGAAAUGAUGUCCAGAUAUGGUCAUAUUAAAGAAGAAUAUCUCUUCCAUGGUUCUAAAAUCGAAAAUAUUUCUUCAAUCUGUGAAAAAAAUCUUGACUGGAGAAAACAUGGAUCUAUAACUGGAAAUAUCUUUGGGAAAGGGGUCUCACUGACUCCUAUUUCAUGUUAUGCAAGUCAUUACUCAGACAAAAAUAUGGUGGAAAAAAUUAUAUUCGUUUUCAGAGUCAUCAUAGCAGAUGAAACUGAGGGAAAUCCAGACAUGGUUUUACCACCUUACAAAGAUGAAUUAAGAAAACUGAGGUAUGACACUACAGUCAAGCCAAACCGUCAAGUUAUUGUCAAAUAUUCUGAUAAUGAGUUUUAUCCUGCUUAUGUGGUGUAUUACACUGGAAAAUAUAAGCCUCGUAAGUCUCGUAAGUGGAUCAGACUUUGAUACUUCAGCAUAGCAUGAUAUAUAUCAGUCCUUCAUUAUAUCCUACUGAAAAACUGAUGAAUCUCAAUAAAAUAAUUAUUUUUCAUGAAAUUAUUACAUUACUGCAUCUCAUACAGUUUUUUUAAAAAAUAAAAAGAAGAAAAGAUAGAGAGAGGCCCAUAUUAUUUUGAAACUGAUUACUUAUAUCAGCACUGGAUGUUAGCAACAAAUAUUUAGUUUGUUAAUUUUACAUGACUCCUGCAAACUAUAAUGUCAUAUUGCAAUGAA